AUGAAGGCCAUCAUUGCCCUUGCUGGGCUCCUCAUCCUGACCGCCACAGCCGUGUGUCAAGAUAUGAGUCCGGUCCUUAACCUUGCUCCCUGCCCUAGGGGAUGUGUCUUCGACACCCUUGGAAAGGCCCCUGAUUAUGGCUGCUCCUCCAGUGACGUUCCCUGUCUCUGUAAGAGCGAAGGGUAUCAGCGUGAAGUCAAGAAAUGUGUCCAGGAGAAAUGCACUGCUGAGGAAGUCGAAGCCUUGGACAAAGCUGGUCGUGAAGUCUGUGAUAGUGCUGGAGCUCCUAUUCCCCCCAAGACCACCACUGGAGCUGAUCUUACCCUUCCAGUUCCCACUGUUGUGCUGCCAACUGUCAAUCCUCUCCCUGAACCCCCUCGGUCAAAUGUUCCAUCUAUUCCAUCUGUCCCAUCUGUCCCAUCUGUCCCCUCUGUUUCAUCUGCUCCUCAAAAAGUCGUUUCAACUAUUGUUAUACCUGUUCCCUCUGUUACUCCUGAAGUCCCUUCGGUUAGUCUCCCCUCUGCUCCUUCUGUGCCCUCUAUGUCUGUCCCCCCUGCCCCUGAGUUGCCCUCCGUACCUGUCCCCUCUGCCCCUGAGUUGCCCUCCGUAUCUGUUCCUUCCCUUCCUUCCCUUGCUCCACCCAGUGUCCCUACUGCCCCAGGUAUGGGAUCCAUGACAGUUCAGCCCGUGUCAUCCAACGCAGGAACUACCUACAUGGAUCCGGCUAGGAGUACUUCAUCUGCUGUCUCCAGCUCUACCAUCGAGCCAUUCCUUGGCGCAGCAAAUAUGCUAUUGCCAGUGCAUGCAGGUGCCGUUGGCGUCGGGGUUCUUGCUCUCAUAAUCUAG